AAAAACUGUCUUCUCCUCCCCAGUAACUAGAUCUAUUUAUAUUUAUCGUUUAAAUUGUUAAUCAUUGGUGUUCUUUUGCAUUGUUGUGGGUCAGAAACCGGUAAAUAUGAUGUUCUGAGUAAGUAGAUUUGGCACCGUUGGCCUCUCCAACGGGCUCACUAAAAACAUUGAGGAUGAUGCAAGGCUUGGUCAGGAGCUUAGCACGCCCCUGUGGUCGACCCCUUGACCCCCGGGGCUGCAAAGGAGUGAGAAGUGCACUAAGGAAGCAUAUAUCAACGGGUUCUCUAAGGGGCUCGGCCGUUCCCAUGACCUUCACCAAACACAGCGAGCCCAGGAGGAGUGGUGGCAGCAGGCAACCCCCGCUGAUCAUCAUGCACGGACUCAUGGGCUCCAAGAUGAACUGGAAGUCGAUGGCCAAAGCGAUCGCCACCAAGACAGGCAGAGAGGUCUACACAGUUGAUGCCCGUAACCAUGGCGAUUCCCCUCACACCGAUGCCCAUAGCUACCCCCUCCUGGCCGCUGAUCUCCUCCUGUUUAUGCAGCAACACAGCAUCCCAACGGCAGCGCUCAUGGGACACAGCAUGGGCGGCCGCGCUGUGAUGGCUGCGGCACUGACGGAGCCAUCGGUGAUUGAGAAACUUUUAGUGUUGGAUAUCUCGCCGAUCGGGACCUCAAAGAGCAUCUCCAGCCUCCCGCGCUUCCUCGAGAUCAUGCGUCGGGUCACCCUGCCGCCCGACCUGACCCCACAGGAGGCCAGGAAGCAUGUGGAUGACCUGUUGAAGCCUGCUGUUGCUGAGCCCAGCAUACGUCAAUUCCUCCUGACCAACCUGACCCAGACUCCAGCAGGCGACGGCUACAUGUGGAAGGUCAACGUGGAGGGCAUCGCCAGGAACUUCAAUCCCCAGGGACUUAACCUUCCUCCUUGA